AUGCGCCCUCACAAACCCCUGGACAGCCCCGACGCCAAAGAGGCGCAAUGGGAAGCCGCGCGCGGAGCGGCCCUCGGCGCCGUGAAAUGGGGCGCCGCGUCGGCCGUGCUGGGCGGCGUCGGAUAUGCCUUCUCGCCGCUGUAUCGGGGACUGACUAUCCAGUUUAAAGUAUACCUCCAGAUGUCCGGCAUGAUCCUCGGCAGCAUGAUCGAGGCGGACUACCGGAUGAGGCAAUAUGAGCAGCACGUGCGCAUGCAGAGACGGAUAGCGCGCGAUCGUGCCGUGUGGGACAACUAUGAGAAGGAGUUCAUGGAGGAGGAUCGACCGCCGCCACGGCCGGCAUACCUCCAGGACCCGAAGAAAUGA